GGCGGCUUCGCGUCUGCGUUCGUCUUUCGUGCUCGUAAAAGAAGAGCGAUCACGAGUUUCUUCCGCGUCCGUAGCGCGCCGCAAGCACAGACGCGAAACCGUAACGAGGAAGAGAGUACGUGUUGGCGAAGUAGUCGCGGUCGUUAACCGCGAGUAUGUCUUCUUCGUCGUUGUCAUUAUUGUUUUCACCGAUAAUCACAUUUCCUUUAUCGUCCUCGCGAUCGAUAAAGAUAUUUCGACGUUCGACGUAGCGAUCGAGGUGAAGUGAAGUCUAAAGGAAAGGGAGAGCGAGCGAGCGAGAGAAAGAGAGAGAGAGAGAGAGAGAGAGAGAGAGAGAGAAAGAUACAAUAACGGAAACGAGGAAGAGAGAUCGGAGAAUCGCGCGCGCGCGCGCGUGCUCUCUAUACCACGAAGAAGAGGAAAGGGAAGGUACGAGUCGGUCGGUGGUGGUGACGACGCGUCUCGAGCGACGUCCUUCGCGAGGACACUCGGCGGCGGCGGCGUCGUCGUCGUCGUCGUAGUAGUAGUAGUAGUACUAGUAAUCAUCAUAAUAAUAAUGGUAGUAGUAAUAGUAGAAUAAUAGUACUAGUAGCCCGCUGGUAUAACAUAAUUCUAAAGACAGGAGAACAAGAGAAGAGAAGAAAAGAGAAGAGAAGAGAAGAGAAGAGGAGUUUCUCGCUGUCGAAGCGGAAUCAUCGCGCGUUCGGAUCUCUCUCUUUCUCUCUGUCUUUCUCAAUCUCUCUUUCGUUGACGGAGCAAUGGCGCGGGGCUUUAGCUGUCGCGAAGAAACGACGACGUGUGCGCGCUUAUCGGAUGUCGAUUAUCAUCGGUGAUCGGUGGUCGUUGGCGAAAAACUCUUCUCCUCUUCCUUCUCCUUUGGUAUGGUGUUAGCGACGAGGGAAAAGAUUCGCGCGGAAGAACACCGCAGGUUGGACGAGCAUCAUCCUCCUCGUCAUUACUGUCAGCAACAGCAGCGACAGCAGGAGCGUCAGCGUAGAUCAGCCUAUCACCAGCAGUGCUACAGACGCUUACGGAAGGACGAGUACGAGGACGAAGAGGACGACGGUGACGACGGCGACGACGACGACGACGGCGGCGGCGGCGGCGGCGGCAGCAGCAGCAGCGGCGACGGUGACGGAGGCGGUAACAGUGGCAGCAGCGACGACGGUUGUUGUUCUUGGAUACGAGCCGUGGUGUCGUGGUGAAGCCGUCAUGAGACGUAUCAGCGUUGGCGGUAUGAGCCGGCCAUCGAAAGCCGUCACUCAGGCGAAGAAAGUAGCGCCGCCGGCCGUACCUGACGUCUUUCGACAUUCUGGCUCUUCCUUUGGAUCGGCCGGAUAUGCGAGCAGCGAGGAUAGCUGCUUCCUCCCUGGAAGCGGCAGUGGUAGUGGUGGUGGCCCGGCCACCGACGAUGCUUCUUAUGGGAUGCCAUCUGGAAAAAGUCCGGGACCUAUUUUUACGCACCCAGGAUUUGCCUUCCCACCGGUCGUUGGCAAAUACGCACACGCGGAGGAUCAAGGUAUCGACAUGACGCAAAGUCCUGGAAGAGAUAGUCCUGGCAGUUCGGGAUCGGGUUCGGGUUCGAGACAUUCAACCGCGUCUUUGGAUUCUGGAAGAGCAUCCGGAUAUCAUUUGGGUCCACGCGGACCCGGUGCUCUCGCAUCAUCGCCGAGGUGUUCCAUCAGCUCCCUUGGGAGCCAUCCGGACAGACCGGCGGAUCUUGAUGUCGUUCACGCUUGGCUGACCGAGUUACAAUUCGAAGAAUACUUUCCCCUCUUCGCUUCGGCGGGUUACGACCUUGCUACCAUAACGCGCAUGACGCCUGAGGAUCUAACGGCUAUAGGUAUUAAGAAGCCCAAUCAUAGGAAGCGCUUGAAAGCGGAGAUAGACAAUUUGAACAUCGGAGAUGGAUUACCGGAGCACGUACCUGGCUCGCUCGAGGAGUGGCUGAGACUUCUCAGACUCGAGGAAUAUCUCGGUGCUCUUCAUCAACAGGGUAUGCGUUCGGUCGAAGACGUUACGACUUUGACUUGGGAGGAUCUCGAAGACAUCGGUAUCGUACGUUUGGGUCAUCAAAAGAAGUUGCUAUUAGCUAUUAAAAGAGUUAAGGAUAUUCGUGCGGGCAAGCGCAUACAACCUCUCGAUCUGGCGCGUCUGCCUCCACAUCCUGGACACACGCAGGACGUCGUUAUUCAACGAGGCGGUCCCGACUUGCCGUCGCCCGACGAGGAUUGCUCCUCGCCCGUUCUGAGAUCCUUUCAGAGGGGUGGAAGCGAAGCGAACACCGGUGCUGCUUGGAGGAGCAUGUACGCCGCUCUGCCGAGCGAUUACAAUACGGUGGGAAGAGGUGGAUCCCGAGGAAAGUCUUUAGAAAGCUUGGAGGACGCACCACUCGGCUAUCCACCCUCGCCGGCGCCACAAUCGCAUCCUCAGCCAUUAGAUUGGCGCCCGCGAAGCUUCGAAGACGGCGAUCUGACCCCUACGAACGACGCUUCCGCGGUAGACGCUGGUGGGGGAACUCUUCCACGUCCGAGACAUUGCCUGGUUCGUCCGCGGCCGGUUGCAAAGGUCACCGCGACCCCAGGGCAGUUCAAGUCGUUGCCCCGUGAUUUCGACAACAAGUAUCAAUUGACGUACGGACUGGAGAGUAGUCCCCAUCUUCCUAAACGUUGUCCACCAUCGCCACCGAGACGACAAAGUUCGAGAGACACGGCUGGUCCGACCGUCGUGACCGUCGGUGGUUCUACCGUCGGUGACGUCGUUAUAGAUUGCAGCGGUCCCGUGCCUACUGCUUCCUGCGAGGAUCAUCAUAUUCAUCAGCAUCAACAGCAUCAUCACCUACAGCACCAUCAUCAUCUUCAUCACACUCCGCCUCCACCGCCAGCACCAGCGCCAACAUCUUCCACUCCUCAACAAGCCAAUCGGCCGCCGUCUUCGAUGUCACGUUCCUGGGGCAGCGUAAGCGUCAACGUCAACGAGGAACACGAAUUAAUUGCCUCGCUCGCUCUACAACAUCGAAAUGGUUCCGAUGCCAGCUUUAAGUCGAGUUCCAGUACAGAAUCAGACUCGUUACCAUUCGCGAACGAGAAUGCCGGGACGAUAAAGCAGAGAGCUGCUCGGGCUCAAGAAUAUGCGACGAGCGGUGCCGGUGGUGGUGGUGGUAUCGGUGGUCACAUCGUUGGACAUCACUCUAGCGGUGGCGGUGGCGUUGGCGAACCUGCCGACGUUCUCAAUGACAUUGGAAAUAUGCUUGCCACUCUGACCGACGAACUUGAUGCGAUGCUCGAAGAGGAGAAGCGUCAGGGCCUGAAUUCAUAAUCUUCACUGCCUUUCUUUGCACUUUUUCAAUUUACUAUUUACUAGCGUUGCCAUAAAUGACGGCGGGCUCUUUCGAAUCGCAACAAAUAUUUAGAUACACGCAUAAAAACUUGGCAAAGAUAUCGGAAGCAAAAUAUAUACCGGAGGCAAAAUAAGUAACCGUUGAAGGCAGACGGUAUGCGGCUGAGAGCGACCCGAUCAGAAGAGAGAGAGAGAGAGAGAGAGAGAGAGAGAGAGAGAGAGAGGGAGGGGAGGGAGAGAGAGAAAAGAAAACUGGAAAUAUCCAAAGGGCCGACGCCCUUUGCCGACGCCUUUGCGAAGUCCCUUGCGCCGUCGAAACUGUUCGCGGAUAGAAGGAAACGUUCGUUCCCGAUGUGGCGACGGACGUAGUUUGACGUGUUUACGCUACAUCGACUUAACGGCAGGUAGUAAAUUAUGUCACGGGAUAAGGAUAUUUCUACGCGCGAAAGUCGAUGCGGCGGAACUUUCCGAUGCCUUUUUCCCACGCGUUCGUAUUCUUCGAUUGGUUUAUUCGUAUUUUUCGUUAGGGAGGGGGAAGAUCUUUAUUUUUCUAUGGAAAUAUUGCGGACUUCCUUUGAAGUUUCCAGAGAUAUAAGCUGGUAUUGCAGCACCGUUGCACAAGUUUUUCUUUCUUUCUUUCUUUUUUUUUGUUUUGUUUUUUUCUUUUCCCACAGUCGAAAGUAGUCGUAUCGUACUCUGCGUCAUUUUUAUUACUUUCUCGAGUAUUUUUUCGGUCAAAUGACGCACGAUCGGGAUGUACUUUGAAUUGAUUAUAUAACGAUACGUUUGUCGCGCACAUUGUAUUCUAUUUUUUCACAAAAGCAUUUUGUUUAAGAAUAAGAAACAUAUGUAUAUAUAUAUAUAUAUAUAUAUAUACACACGUACGAUGAGAUGGGAUGGAUUUUAAUUCCUAUAAAAAAUUAUUCUUACAAAAUAAUACUCGAAAGCUUUACACUUUUUAUCGUAUAAAGACUGAAGCAUGUUCUCUGGGAAUUUCAUUGCAACAGAUAUCACGUACAUUCCAACUAUCGACUUUUCCUUUUUCACUUCCGUCCUUCCGUAGAACUAUAUAGCGUGACCGGGACCUUCGAUGACCGUUGACACUUAAAUACUAUUGUAAGGAAAGAAAGUUUCGCGUCCCAUACUCGGGUUUAUCAUAAAUCAUUCAUUCUCGUUAUAGCUACGCGAUACGAAAAUGUAGUUACCAGCAUUUCGAUGCUACGCGACAUACAUAUUCACGAAUCGUCACACAAUAUAAUCGCGAUAUCUGUGCGAGGAACGAGAACUUUAAAACGAAUUUUGCAUCUUCAUUCGUCUCGAAUUCCUUCGACGAAGUUCCACGACGACACUUUAUAAUAAUAUUGAGAAAAAAGAAAGCCGACCGAUAGAGAAGAAAAGGCUUUAGCCGGCGAUCGAAUUUUUCCAAGGCAAUACGGUUUAGCGAUGACACAUAAUUACUGUAUGCCAAUUAACGUUUUAUAUUUAUUGUCUGUACUAAUAAACAUAGUGACGUACGUAAUUCACUAUUACCGUGUGGUGCGGCCGUGUGGUGCGUAGAGUAUCCAUGCGUAUCAAAUCAAAUCGUAAUCGUAGCAGUGAAACGUUAUAUAAGACACACCGUGUCCAGGUGCUUCUUGCUCCGAAUGCUGGUGCGUACUGAGACUUCUAUGUAGGAUUUAAGAAGCAUGAAAUUUAAUAAAGAAAAAAAUAAAUAAAUAAUUAACAAGUUAAAGGGAUAAACGUAUUAUAGAACGUGAGUUAUAAAGAGAAUCGUCAACUAAGUAUUCAUUGUCAUGUUUGAAAGGAACGAUGAUAAAAAAGAAAAAAGAAAAAAAAAACGAUCUUACUCGUACUCUGCGAAACAUAAGAAAUGCCUGUCGAGAGGUCUCCGUAUGGACCAGUCCUCCCCGAAUCGAUUAAAAAGGAAAACGGAACGGAACAAAA